AUGCUCCUGAGAAGGAGGAACUCCAUGUUAUUGGUGAACAUCUUGGCCUUUGCUGGUGGUACUCUCAUGGCCUUCUCCAAGAUGGCAAAGGCAGUGGAGAUGCUGAUUAUUGGCCGCUUUGUUAUUGGGGUCUUCUGUGGUCUCUGCACUGGCUUUGUGCCCAUGUACAUCAGUGAGGUCUCGCCCACCAGCCUCCGUGGAGCCUUUGGCACCCUCAAUCAGCUGGGCAUUGUUGUGGGCAUCCUGGUGGCCCAGAUCUUUGGCCUGGAGGGAAUAAUGGGGACUGAGCCACUUUGGCCGCUGCUUUUGGGGUUCACGGUCCUCCCAGCGGUUCUGCAGUGUGUGGCUCUUAUUUUCUGCCCUGAGAGUCCUCGCUUCCUAUUGAUCAACAAGAUGGAGGAAGAGAAAGCUCAAGCAGUUCUUCAGAAGCUCCGUGGCACACAAGAUGUGUCUCAAGACAUCCUGGAGAUGAAAGAAGAGAGUGCCAAAAUGUCCCAGGAAAAGAAAGCAACUGUGCCAGAGCUCUUCCGUUCUCCAAGCUACCGUCAAGCCAUUAUCAUUGCCAUUGUGCUGCAGCUCUCCCAACAGCUCUCGGGCAUCAAUGCUGUAUUCUAUUAUUCUACAGGGAUUUUUGAAAGAGCUGGUAUCACACAGCCCGUGUAUGCCACUAUUGGAGCUGGUGUCGUAAACACGGUCUUCACUGUUGUGUCGCUGUUCCUGGUGGAGCGUGCGGGGCGCAGAACUCUUCAUUUAGUUGGUUUGGGUGGCAUGGCUGUGUGUGCUGCUGUUAUGACCAUCGCUUUAGCUCUGAAGGACACUGUGGCAUGGAUCAGAUAUAUCAGCAUCAUUGCCACUUUUGGCUUUGUGGCUCUUUUUGAGAUUGGCCCUGGCCCUAUCCCCUGGUUCAUUGUGGCAGAACUCUUCAGCCAGGGCCCACGGCCUGCAGCCAUGGCAGUGGCCGGUUGUUCCAACUGGACCUCCAAUUUCUUGGUGGGAAUGCUUUUCCCCUAUGCAGAGAAACUGUGUGGCCCCUAUGUCUUCCUCAUCUUCCUUGUUUUCCUGGUCAUCUUCUUUGUCUUCACAUUCUUCAAAGUGCCGGAGACCAAGGGCAGGACUUUUGAAGAUAUCUCCAGGGGCUUUGAAGGACGAGCAGAAGCCAGCCCCACAUCACCUGCAGAGAAGAACCCCAUGGUGGAGCUGAACAGCAUACAACCUAACAAAUAAGUUGCCUAAGAUUCAUGACACACCCCUUCUUUGACUCUUACAUGCUUUAAAGAGUCAUAAAAGGAAUUAGCAAAGA